AAGAAAUCGAAUUCACACCCUUGAAGAGCUAGCUGAGCCGGCCUAGUCUCACCAAAGGGGCGCGUGGCUGUCGUCAGCACACCGCGCAGAUCUGUCAGUCAGACAGGUUCGUGGUACAGCAGACUUGAGACGUUGCAAGGCCCAGCAGAUCGCCCGCCGUGAAAAAGACGCGCGAUCCAGUCCAAGAGCAAGCAUGAUCGGCUCACGACUCGCUCGAUCUGCGCCCCUGCAGCUCAGGCCGGUCGUCAGAUCGAGCAGUGUAUGUAGGAGCACACGAUGCCUGACCACUGUUGCGCCCUCACGCGCUACUGGCGUCACUGCAGCUCCUAAGCAGUCCGUUCCUGCUCGAGCUGCUUCUACGGCUACAGCCAGCACAAAGUUAGGCAGUCAGCUCGUCAACACUUCCAUCUUCGCUCCUCUCGACACCUUCAGCCGUCGUCAUGUCGGCCCAGAGCCCGCAGACGUGCAGAAGAUGCUCUCAGUGCUCGGCUACGACUCACUCGACAGCUUCGUCAACGAUGCCGUGCCCAGCUCGAUCAGAAUCGAUGACCACGAACUGGCUGAGAACCCGGACAUGCAGCCGCUGAGCGAGACAGAGAUGCUCAGGCGUGCCAAGGAGCUCGCGAGUGAGAACAUCAGGAACAGGGACUGGUCCGGCGGCGGCUAUCACAACGCGGUCGUUCCGCCUGUCAUCUUGCGCAACAUGACCGAGAAUCACGCUUGGUUCAGCCAGUACUCGCCCUACCAACCAGAGAUCUCUCAGGGCCGCUUAGAGUCCCUCAUCAACUUCCAAACGCUGGCCACCUCUCUCACAGGACUCGACAUCUCCAAUGCCUCUCUGCUUGAUGAAGCGACUGCCGCCGCCGAGGCCAUGAUCAUCUCAUAUCAGCAGGUCAAGACGAAGAAGACAACCUUCCUCGUCGAUCGGUUCGUCUAUCCCCAGACACUGGCAGUCCUCAAAUCCCGUGCCGCACCUGUCGGUAUCCAAAUCAAAGUCGGCAACGUCGCUCGUCUGCUCUCAGGCGAGGAUCCACAGCCUGAAGACGAAGCGAUCAAGAAGGACCUGAUGGGUGUCCUCAUCCAGUAUCCUGAUCGCAGAGGGCAGGUCGUCGACUGGUCUGCGACCGCUCAAGCUGCUCACGAGCUAGGCGCUCUCGUGACCGUCGCGACCGAUCUCCUCGCUCUCACAUUGAUCAAGCCACCUGGAGAAUGGGGCGCAGAUAUGGCAAUUGGCAACACCGCUCGAUUCGGUGUUCCUGUCGGCUUCGGCGGGCCCCAUGCCGCAUUUUUCUCUUGCACCGACGCCCUCAAGCGGAAGAUGCCCGGUCGACUCAUCGGCUUGUCUCGAGAUGCUAAUGCUAAGCCUGCAUACCGAAUGGCGCUCCAAACGCGCGAGCAACACAUCAGACGAGAAAAGGCAACGAGCAACAUUUGUACUGCCCAAGCCUUGCUAGCUAACAUGGCCGCCAUGUAUGCUGUCUACCACGGACCAGAGGGUCUCAAGCGAAUUGCACUCAAAGUGCACGGUCUCACCUCGGUUGUCAAAGCCGGACUUGCAAGCAUGAGCCAGAUGGCCAUCAACAGCUCGCACUUCGAUACGCUCACUAUCCGCGCUUCCGGCGUUGCGGCAGAUAUCGUCCAUACCGAAGCCAAUAAGCGAGGAAUCAAUCUGGGGCGCGUCAACGGUGCGAUGAUCAGGAUCACCCUUGACGAAUCCACCCAGAUCGAAGAUAUUGUCGAGAUCCUCAACGUCUUUGCGACUGCCACGGGCGCAGGACCGCGGACGUCACACCGAAAGUCGUGGGAUGCCGAGUCUGUGAUCGAAUUAGCUAAUUCUGUCGGUGUGACUGCUCUGCCUGUCGUUACACCUGAGCUUCUGGCAGCUAAGGGGCAAUCUGCGCCCAGCAAAGACUCGCGCUCGCUUGCGCUUCCCAGCCAUCUCGUCCGCACAUCAGAUUAUCUGACCUCGCCAACGUUCAACUCCUACCACUCGGAGACCGAACUCUUGCGGUAUAUGCACCACCUGCAGGAGAAGGAUCUCUCGCUCGUACAUGCCAGCAUUUUCUUGGGAUCUUGUACAAUGAAGCUGAAUCCGACAGCUGCCAUGACGCCGCUUACCUGGCCAGAAUGGGGCGGCAUCCAUCCUUUCGCUCCCACAAGCCAAACCAAAGGUUACACGAAGAUGAUGGAUGAACUUUCGCGCGAUCUCUGCGCAGUCACUGGUUUCCCGGCAGUAUCGCUCCAACCCAACUCUGGCGCGCAGGGAGAGUACACUGGUCUGAGCUGUAUUCGAGCGUACCAUCACUCGAGGGGCGAUGAGAAGCGCGACAUCUGCCUCAUUCCGCUAUCUGCUCACGGCACCAAUCCUGCUUCCGCUAUCAUGGCCGGAAUGAAAGUUGUCCCUGUCAAGACGCUCGUCGACGGCGCACUGGACAUGGAUGACUUGAAAGCAAAGGCAGAAAAGCACUCGAACAACCUUGCAGCCUUCAUGGUGACCUACCCCAGCACGUUCGGCGUUUUCGAAGAUGGCGUCAAAGAAGCGUGCGAGAUCAUCCAUUCGCAUGGUGGUCAAGUCUAUCUCGAUGGCGCGAAUCUGAAUGCACAGCUCGGCCUAACAAAUCCUGCGACAUGCGGCGCAGACGUUUGCCACAUGAACCUGCACAAGACUUUCGCGAUACCCCACGGCGGCGGUGGACCAGGCGUCGGACCUAUCGGCGUUGCAAGUCAUCUCGCGCCGUUCUUGCCGGGCCAUCCAGUCAUCAGAACGGGCGGUGCCAAUGCGAUCGAGCCAGUCACAGGCGCUCCAUACGGCAGUGCAUCAAUCUUGACGAUCUCUUGGGCCUUUAUUCGCAUGCUCGGCGGUGCAGGUCUCAAAUACUCUGCACAGCUCGCUCUGCUCAAUGCCAAUUACAUGGCCCACCGACUAAAAGACCACUAUCGCGUGAAGUAUUCCAACAGCAAGGGACUCUGCGCUCAUGAGUUCAUCAUCGAUCUUGCCGAGUUCGACAAGAAGGCUGGCCUUAAGGUCGCGGACUUUGCAAAGCGAUUACAAGAUUAUGGCUUCCAUCCCCCGACGUGCUCGUGGCCGCUCACCACUGCGAUGCUUAUCGAGCCGACCGAGUCCGAAUCGAAGGAAGAGCUCGACCGAUUUUGUGAGGCGAUGAUCAAGAUCAAGGAUGAAGCCAACGCGAUUGCAGACGGCCAGUACCCUCGGGACAAUAAUAUGAUUCGCAAUGCGCCACAUCCUGUGUCUGUCAUCGCUUUGGGUGACGAUAAGUGGAACAGACCCUACACGCGACAACAAGCCGCUUUCCCUGACGAGCGUCUAUACGCCCGCAAAUUCUGGCCCUCUGUCGGUCGUCUCGAUGAGGCAUACGGCGAUCUCAAUCUCAUCUGCGAAUGUCCGAGUGUGGAGGAGUCCGCCGCCGAAGGACUGGAAUGAUCAGGCCUUGCAUGCGAUGCUCAACCAUUGCUUUACCCUGCAAAUUGCCACUUGCUUCACGCU